UGGGAUGUUGGAUAAGUGGGCGGUUGAUUGCUCCCAUUGUGACGUCACUAUUCUGAACUUCGAGUGGUGCAAGCAGUCUAUACCUCGAAGUUCUCUUCGUAUUUUUCACCUCCUUACACCUCCCCUCGGUUAUCAAAGCAAAGCAUUCUUUCUACACAGAGGCAGCCCACACUACUGCUCUAUUCGAUGGACAACCCUACACAGGCCCCCACCACCUUCAGCGCUCCACCCAAUACGACUGUCACGGCUCGACAAAGGCUUUUGGCAGCAUGUCCGUGCCUCAACGUCAAGCUGCACCUCGCUGCACAACCUGAGCAGGGCGUAUCGAUCGCAGGAAAAGAACUAAAGCUUGGACUGGCCGGUGUGUCUGUGGAACAAAAAAUCCUCUGCGGUCUCUCAAUAUCAAAGGAUCUGGCCACGGCGCGGUGUAUGAAUUGCGAUCAGGACGUUUAUAUCUUCAAGCCAAGUUCCACCUCGGUCAACUUGGAGACUACCUCCUUGGCCUUUUUGGCCAACUCCGUCUUGUUCUCACCCUCGAACGGCAUUGUCGUGCCAUCAGAAGCCGUCGUCACAGGGGAACGGAUUGAUGCGCUUGUCAAUGAUCCAAAUUACUCCAAAGCCUUCCGACUCAUCCUCGCACCAAAACCUGCUUCCAUCGGAUCAGGCGACCACCCGACUUCUUCAUCAGCCACGCCUGCAGCACCCCAGCCAAACGAUAUCCCAUACCGACCCUAUCUAGACAGGGUGCGCUCGAUUUUGGACAAGGAACUCGAGUUGAAUCUGAACGCACAGCAACAGCGAACAGAGGCCAGGAUUGAAGCGUACAAGUCGCAACAAUUGCUGGCAUUGCAAAAGUCGAUGGAGAGCACGAGGCAUGAAAAGGAUCUUCUCUGGAUCAAGAUUCAGGAACGGGUCACGUCGCCGCCGCCUCCGGCACCCUCAACACCCAGCAUUGGAGAGUCAGGAAGUGCAGGCGCUCAAGGGAGCGGAUCCGCUGACGCCAAUGGCGGACAGUAUGCCUUCGACGUGCCUGGCACUUUGCCCAUCCGACUCACAAGCGCCUCUCGGGUGGAUGGGCCUCAUGGCGCAUUUCUGGACAGGAGAAAGGCAUCGGAAACGGACGCGGCCAUGUCGCUCCAGUUCAGAGAAUUUGAUCAGCAAAUGGCCUCGAACAGUAUGAGGCGACAGAGCCUUGUGCCUGUUGUGGUCCCGACACACGACGGGACGGACGAUAUCGCUGACAUGACCUUGUCCAACACAGCGACGAAUGCGACCACCUCUACGGCUCUUGACCAGCCUGCCUCGAGCUCCUCGAAUUCGGGAACGUCGACCCCAACAUCAAAAUCGAAAAAGAAGGUGACCAUCAGCGACGCAAUUAAGAAGGUCUCAAUCGUCGAGCCUGACGCAGGCAACUAUGUGGAUGGCAAUGAUCAGAACAGUGAUGAGGAGGAUGGUGGAGACGAGGAUGAAGGGGUGGUCUUUGAUAUGGACGAAGAGCUAGGAUUCGACGGGGAAGGAGGAGAGGACGUCGAAGGAAACGAGGAAGGCAGCGAACAGGAAGACGGUAUGGGUAGUGAUGAAGACGAUUAUUCUACGCCCAGCAAUAGCAUCGCCAUCAGCAACUCAGCCGGUCGUUCCUUGCCCAAAUCCGGCAUGGUCGUGGGCUCGCUCCGCGCAAACUAUCUACGCCGUCAGAAGGGGCUUCAGCAACACAAGAGGUCACUCAACGAGGAAGAGCUUGAUUUUGACGACGACGACGAGGAUGAUGAUGAUGAUGAUGAUGAUGACAACGCCCCUGCGCCACCCGCAGCAGCAUUCCUCGGCACGUCCUUGCCGAUCCAAAUCCAACCACGCCCCGCCAAUCCCCUACCCCCUCCUCCAGCACGUACUUCGGCCCUUGCCAGCUCCUUGGCGAUGCCUCCAGGAUCAUCCCCAGCAGCCGCCAUGCUCCAGCGGAGAUUGUCUCGUGCAUACGGACCGGAUCUCUUGCCUGACAGCAGCAGCCAGGGCAAUAACAAUACCAACAUCGCGCGCUCAUCGACCUUGGCAUUCGCAGGAUCUUACACCGACGGAUCAUCCCUUGCGCCUCCAGCUCCUGGGGGCAUCGCUGGAUCUCUGAUAAUUGAUCCACUUAUGCUGCUUGAGGAAGAGCACGACAACGAUGACCGUGAGGAUCGUCUUCGAAAGCACCGACAGCCUUUCUCGUCCAUCAACCACCGUCGCGAUCUAGAGAGGAGUCAGCAGAGCCAUAAGGAGCAGGACCCUACACCGGCACAGUUCAGGAACAAUGGCGGUGCGAUAUCUUCGGUGUCGCAGCAGACGGAUUUUGAGCCCCCACAUCUGUAUUCGGCAAGGACCUAUGUCGGCUCGACCCCAUGGGAGAUGCCGACAAGGAUCACAGUCAAGACUGGAGGCAUACAGCGUGAGGGCACGAACCUGGACAAGCAGAUCGCGCUAGAGAUGGCGAAGGAGCUGGAGCAGGAACGACUCGAGAAGGAGAAGGAGGCACAUGAAGCUGCGCUUUUGGACAGGAGUAGUGCAGUGCAACGUGGCGUCCAUAAGAUCGACGAGGAGGAGGAAGAGGAAGAGGAAGAGGAAGAAGAGGAGGAAGAGAUACUAGGACGGAGGCGUCAGGGUCAGCGGCAGCAGGAGGCGGAUGAAUUACCGCCGCUGCAUCCUCUCUCGACUGCAACAGCAAACGACAUCGGUGAUAGUUAGUUUCUGGAAGGCCUUCUUGGUCUGAAAGAAAAAAGUAAAAUAAAAUAACACACACUGCAA